AUGGAGCUUCCAUUCACCAACCUGGAAAUGGCAUUCAUUUUGCUGGCUUUUGUCAUCUUUUCAUUAUUUACCCUGGCUUCCAUCUACACUAACCCGGAUGAGCAGAAUGAAGGUAAAAAAAAAAAAAAAAAGGCUGUGCGCUGUCACCUUUCCCUUCUCAAUUUGCUUUGA